AUGCCGGAGGCUGACCAGAAUAAUCGUAACCGCUCGGGUCUCGGGAACUCCCGAUUUGAAAUAAAUUUUCGUCGCUUGCUCAAGGUGUGUGAAGCUCACACAGCGAAGUUCGUGAAAGCGAUCGAAAUUAAUUCCGAAGAAGCCGACGUAUUUCCGUCAUGGAGACUGAGCAAGUAUAUUGGUACGCUUGAAGGGUUGCUGGAAGAAAUGAAGAAAGGCGCAUCAGAGCUCUACAUUGUUGACAGCGUGGAUGCCGACGUUCUCAAGGAAAAUGAGAAAAAAGUCAAGUACCUAAGGAGCGUGUGUCCUGUUUACGUCGGAGCUUUUUCAUCAGCGUCUGCAUGCGACGACGACGACCAUUCGCCGAAAAAGCUAUCCCCGUUGACCGAUUCGUCCCUGGUGAUGUCUUCUGGGCACUUUUCUCCGCGCGGAGUGCAACAAGCGCCGGAUACCCCUACUGGUCGAGUGAUUGAAAGCACGUUACGGGCGACGUUGGAGGAGAGUGCGAGACGAGAGCUGAUAGGAGAUCCGUUCCCGGAAACUGGGCUACGAAAUCGCCACAACGCCGGGAUGUCGAAUGAUGUGGACGCCAUUCUGAGUGCGCAUCAAGCGGAACAAGAUCGUGUGGCCGAAGAGAUGCUUCAUUUGGCGCAAAGCUUGAAAGAACAGUCUCAGGCGGCGAAAGCUAUCAUCUGCAAGGAUAAAGAU